CCCGGCCGCUCCCCGCUCCGGCCGCCUCCUCCCCGUCUGAGCUCCCUUCCCUCCCUGCCCCGCUGGCUGUGAAGGGGUGCUGGGGCUGCUCUGUUACGCUGUGUUAGUUUCGGGGGGCCUGGGAGGCGCCUGUGGGCGGUGCGAGGAGCGGGGCCGUGGCACGGAGCCGGUCGCGGCUCUGCCGUGGGGACCUGCCUUUGGCCGGGGGAUUGCUCGAUGCACCUGUCCUGGAUAUGCGUGCUCAUUUUGGGUAUCUAUAGGUAUCUGACCAAGUGCCUCAGGACUUUUGAGCUUUCAGCUGAGCUCUGUGGGUGACCAUGAAUGCCAGUGGCCCUGGCUAUCCCUUAGCCUCUCUCUACGUGGGAGACCUGCACCCAGAUGUGACCGAAGCCAUGCUCUACGAGAAGUUCUCCCCUGCUGGGCCCAUCAUGUCCAUCCGAGUCUGCCGGGACGUGGCCACGCGCCGGUCGCUGGGUUAUGCCUACAUUAACUUCCAGCAGCCUGUGGAUGCUGAGCGAGCCCUGGACACCAUGAACUUCGAGGUGAUCAAGGGCCGACCCAUCCGCAUCAUGUGGUCCCAACGGGACCCCGGGCUCAGGAAAUCAGGGGUUGGAAAUGUCUUCAUCAAGAACCUGGAUGACUCCAUUGACAAUAAAGCCCUGUAUGACACAUUCUCUACCUUUGGAAACAUCCUGUCAUGCAAGGUGGUUUGUGAUGAAAAUGGAUCCCGUGGCUAUGGCUUUGUCCACUUUGAGACGCAUGAGGCAGCAGCUCGGGCCAUUGAGACCAUGAAUGGGAUGUUGCUCAAUGACAGGAAGGUGUUUGUUGGACACUUCAAAUCCCGCAAAGAGCGCGAGGCAGAGGUUGGGGCUAGGGCAAUAGAAUUCACCAACGUCUACAUCAAAAACUUUGGGGAUGACAUGGAUGAUGACAGACUGCGGGAAAUAUUCUCCAAGUUUGGAAAGACGUUGAGUGUCAAGGUCAUGAUGGACAGCAGUGGCCGCUCUAAGGGCUUCGGGUUUGUCAACUUUGAGAAGCACGAAGAAGCCCAGAAGGCGGUGGCUGACAUGAACGGGAAGGAGAUCAACGGGCGGGUGCUGUACGUGGGCCGGGCACAGAAGCGGCUGGAGCGCCAGAGCGAGCUCAAGAGGAAAUUUGAGCAGAUGAAGCAGGAGCGGGUGAACAGGUACCAGGGGGUCAACCUGUAUGUGAAGAACUUGGAUGAUGGGAUAGACGACGAGAGGCUGAGGAAGGAAUUCUCUCCCUAUGGCACCAUCACCAGUGCCAAGGUGAUGACGGAGGGUGGCCGCAGCAAAGGGUUUGGGUUUGUAUGUUUCUCCUCCCCAGAAGAGGCUACCAAGGCCGUGACAGAAAUGAACGGGCGGAUCGUCAGCACAAAGCCUCUCUACGUCGCGCUCGCCCAGAGGAAAGAGGAGAGGAAAGCAAUCCUCACCAACCAGUACAUGCAGAGAUUGGCCACCAUGAGGGCCCUGCCUGGGCCUCUCCUGGGCUCUUUCCAGACCCCCCCGGGGUACUUCCUCCCCCCCAUGCCUCAGCCACAAACCAGAGCUGCCUUCUACGGCCCCAGCCCCGUUGUCCCAGUCCGCCCGGCCACUCGCUGGAGCACGCAGCCCUCCCGCCCACCCUCAGUGUAUCCUGAAGCCACCCCCAUCCUGAGGGCUGCCGUGCCGCCCCGGCGCCUGCUGUCCAACAUCAGCACCACCAGACAGGCCUCCACACAGGUGCCCCGUGUGCCCCCCCAGGCCCAGAGAGUGGGUGAGUGGGGGAAGGACCCCCACGACAUCCAGCUGGGACAUCGCCGUGGUGGCAAGGGUGCUUACUCCAACAUCGGGACACAGACGGUCAGCACCCGGGUGCCCUCGUCUGCCCUGCCACGGGGAGCCCAGCAGUACAAGUACUCCUCAUCUGCCAGGAACAUGCAGCCCAUGGGGCACAUGCCACCCAUGGUGGCCCCACAGGUGGGAGAACCUGCUGUGCACGUCCAGGGGCAGGAGCCACUGACAGCAUCCUUGCUUGCAGCAGCCCCUCCUCAGGAGCAGAAGCAAAUGAUCGGUGAACGCCUCUACCCCCUGAUCCAUGUGAUGCAUCCCUCGCUGGCCGGCAAGAUCACCGGGAUGCUGCUGGAGAUAGACAACUCCGAGCUGCUGCUGCUCCUGGAGUCCCCAGACUCCCUGCGCUCCAAGAUCGAGGAGGCGGUCACGGUUCUCCAGGCACACCAGAGCACCGAGGCACCCCACAAGGGCAGCGCUGGGGCGUUCCUGCAGUGACUCCAGACUGUGGGACCAAGAGCAAGCCCUGAGAAUGUUGCUGUUCAAGAGCGGGAGCAGGAACCCCACCAUGCUGUUGGGAUCAUUCCCAUACAGUGACCUUGGCUUGUCUUCAAAUGCCCCAUCCUCUUGUUUGUGUGUAUUGCAACCCCUGUAGAAUUGCUUCCUCCUGCACCUGUAAAAAUCCUCACAUUAAAUCUCUUCUCACCACUGAAA